UUGGUUAAGGUAGACUCCUUGCAGUAGGUCAGCUGAGGGAAGCGUGAAGCAGUACGGAAAGCAGAUAACCUGUUUCCCCCUCCCUAAUAUAUUGUUUUGAAAACACACUUUAAUUGUAAGGUGUUAUAAUAGAGACUUCACAGUGAAGUCAGUAAUUAAUAGGCGUCUUGGGCUUCAUAAAAAGCCGUUUGACUUCCGAAAACAACAUGCCUUCAGAAAAGACGUUCAAACAAAGGAGGACAUUUGAACAGAGAGUGGAAGAUGUCAGACUGAUCCGAGAGCAGCACCCUAACAAAAUCCCAGUCAUCAUCGAGCGAUACAAGGGGGAAAAGCAGCUUCCUGUUCUGGACAAAACUAAGUUCCUGGUUCCUGACCAUGUCAACAUGAGUGAGCUCAUCAAAAUCAUCAGGAGGCGCCUGCAGCUGAACUCCAACCAGGCAUUCUUCCUGCUGGUGAAUGGCCACAGCAUGGUUUCUGUGUCUACAGCCAUCUCUGAGGUGUAUGAGCGUGAGAAGGAUGAGGAUGGAUUUCUCUAUAUGGUCUAUGCCUCCCAGGAGACCUUUGGGCAAGACACUGCCCUGUAGCACCCUGCAUUGUUCCACCCCUGACAACAAUACUAGCUUACUGCCUGGUCUCUGUACCUUAACACCCUUUCCCUGAUUCCCACCACCAUACACAUCUAAAACAGAAAUCAGAUAAUGUCCCCCUUCCUGCCAAAGGGACCCCAUUGAUAGAGCCCCAAACUUGAAGUUCUAAUCUGACCUAUUUCUACUUACAUCAUCCAUGAAAGGUGAAGGAUGAAACCAAUGAUCUUGUGCUGCUGUUUGCCAUUAGAUGAAUUGGAUCUGCAGAGAGGAACACAAGUGCUUCUGAACCAGAGUCUAGCUGGAGAUUAUGAAGCGUGAGUGUAAUGUCUUCAUUCAGUGCUCAGCUGGUACAAAACCUAUCAUGGAGAACAUACACUUCCCCUUCCAUCAGAUCUGAGCUGCUAAGUUAUUUAAAGGACAUGUUGACACCAUUCAGUGACCUUACUGGGGCGUGAUAUGGUAAGGUAUGUCUUAUGACAUAGCAGCCCAAGUUUUGAUGAGGUGGGAUCUGUGUGAUGCCAUGGCUGCAACUGUCAACUACACUUUGAUGUCCUUUUGAUGGUAGUUGGCAUUGCCUCUCAGUCCUUUUCAUUAGAAAUGGUUAUGCAGUGUUAUACAGGGCAAGGGCUAUAGAUGUUGAUCACUUGCCCUUCCUAUCUCCUUUUUAAGUUUCUUUAGUGGGUCUCGGGUCAAUUUGUUCAACUUAUUUUCAAUGAAAGUGUUUAAUUUGCAUCCGUCUUGUACAAUGUCUCUGACAGAAAUGAGCAUUGUGGAAUUCUGGAUAAUAUUCACUGUGCUACCGGACUCCUCUUAAAUUGUAGAGUAGAAAAGUAGAAGAGGCACAUUUAAGAAACAUGGAAAAAAGUCAUUAUAUAUAGUAAUGAGUGCAUGAAUGAAACUGCAAGCUUGUUAAGGGGUCUGAGGGUUCUCGUGGGGUAAAGACUGGGCAAGAGUAUCCACUGUAGGUUGUCAGCCUGCUCCAGGCAGUCACAACUUGAUCAGAGCACAAGUUGCCCACAUUCCCUCCUCCCCUUUGCUUUACGAUUAGGACAUUCAUUUUUAUUCUGUCUGCCAUUUUACUCUUGAAUCUGUGCUGUUGGUUUCCUUUCCAUCUGGAAGAACUGUAUAUUCCUUACUUCUUAGAUGCCUUUUAUCUUGAGCUUUCACAAGUUAAUUUUGUCAUUUUACUCUGUGAUGUUUUAUGCUUGUAAAAAAUAAAUAUAUGCCUAUACUUGUUGUGUGAAAUGCUUAAUGAAAGUUGUGAAUGAAUGACUUGCUACAGAGGACAGCAUAGUUCCAUCAGGCCAUAUCUGUUCCUUUUGCUCCUAUUUACUGCUCUUAUAUUCACAGCAAUAUUAUACAUCCUUUUUCUUGUAUUUAUGCUAUUUUAAAAAAAUAAAACAUA